AUGGCCCCCAAGGGAGAGAAGAAACCAGCGGAGAAAAAGCCUGCAGAGAAGGCACCAGUGGAAAAAGCCAAGGCGGGGAAGAAGAUCCGAAAGGAUGCAUCCUCCACAGACAAGAAGAAGAAGAAAAGCAACAAGAGUGUUGAAACCUACAAGAUCUACAUCUUCAAGGUUCUCAAGCAAGUUCAUCCUGACAUCGGUGUCUCCAGCAAAGCAAUGGGAAUCAUGAACAGCUUCAUCAACGAUAUCUUUGAGAAGCUCGCGCAGGAGUCUUCUAGACUCGCUCGCUACAACAAGAAACCUACCAUCACAUCCCGGGAGAUUCAGACUGCUGUUCGCCUUGUUCUUCCCGGUGAGCUUGCCAAGCAUGCCGUUUCUGAGGGAACUAAGGCCGUCACCAAGUUCACCAGCUCUGAUUAG